CUGCAGCCUGCAGGACCAGAAGCCUUGCUGUGGGAUCGGCUCUCCUCUCCCCCGUCCCCCUCUGGGAGGAGGAAGGUGCCGAGGCUCUUCGCUGGGUCACCAUGAUGCUGGUGGUAGUCGUGCUACUCUCUGCCGUCCUGCGGAUGCCCUACCGCACACCGGUGCUGCUCAACUCCUCUGUGGCCCAGCCUUUCCUGGACCCCUGGGGGCUUCUCCUCUGCCGCACCUAUGUCUACACCAACAGCGCCAUCAACCCCAUCAUCUACAGCCUCGUGUCCCCGAAGUUCCGGCUGCCUUCCAGCGGCUGUGCGGGGGUGGGGUGGAGGAGCCACAGACGUGCACAGCUGGCCUCAGCUCCACCAGCUACAGCGUGGACCCCAGAAGACGCGGACCGGCGGGAGUGAGGUCACGGGCCCUCAGGCAGCUGGGCCCCCACUCCAGCAGCAGGGGCCUGGUUUCAGCACCAUCUGAGGGCUGCCGUCCCCCUGCCCAGCCCCUCUCGCUUCCCUCGGUUUGCUCCUGUGCUGGGUCCUGUCCGCUGGUGGCUGGCAGGGCCAGGAGAGGGGAGACGCCCCUUUGCCAACGGCUCUUCUGGGUCCCUGGUGCCUUCCCUCCCCAUGAACGAGGACUGGCCACGUGUCCUAGUUCUGGCCCAGUGGUUGGACUCCAUUUGGGUAGCGCUCUCCCCUCCUCUGGAAGGGGGGGAGGUUAGGAGCAGGAGGAAGCUGGGAGGGUCCCAGCCUUCACUGGUGUAAAAUUAGGACCCUCCAUCUGUUAUUAUUCGUUCGUUUAAGCACUCUG